CGCGCGGCGGGGCGGCGAUGGCAGGCAGACGCGGGGCGCUCAUCGUCCUGGAGGGCGUGGAUCGCGCCGGGAAGACCACUCAGUGCUGCAAGCUGGUGGAGGCCCUGUGCGACGCCGGCCAGCGCGCCCAGAUGCUCCGUUUCCCAGAGAGAUCAACUGAAAUUGGAAAACUUCUGAGUUCCUACUUGGAAAAGAAAAGUGAAAUUGAGGCUCAUGCGGUGCACCUGCUUUUUUCUGCGAAUCGAUGGGAACAAGUGCCAUUAAUUAAGGAAAAGUUAAGCGAGGGCGUGACCCUUGUUGUGGACAGAUACGCAUUUUCUGGUGUUGCCUACACUAGCGCCAAGAAGAAUUUUUCCCUGGAUUGGUGUAAACAGCCGGAUGUGGGCCUUCCCAAACCUGACCUGGUCCUGUUCCUUCAGUUACAACUGGCGGAUGCUGCCAAGCGGGAAGGAUUUGGCUGUGAGCUCUACGAGAACCAGGCUUUCCAGAAGCAGGUGCUGCAGCGCUUCUACCAGCUUAUGGAAGACCCAACUUUGAACUGGAAGCGAUGGAACCUCAGGAGCAGCCACUCAGGGGUACUCAGUGCCAGCAAAUUCUACUUCUCUGAUAGUCGAUGCUUCCAAAAGCUUCGAAGAAGUCCACGAGGAAAUCCGCACAGUCUCUGAGGCCACCAUCUGCACAGCCGCACAGAGGCCGCUGGAGGAGCUAUGGAAGUAACCUGUGGCUGCCAGCUGCAGAGGCCUGCUCCCUGCUGCCCCGAGAGUUGUACAAGGCCCGUGCAUGACUCCACUACUUCGGGAGCUGUUUCCCUGUAGCAGAGAUCUGCAGGUUGCCUGUCCUGAACCAGAGCUGGGGUGCACCAGGGGUCCUCAUGGUAGGGACCUUGGUAGUGUGGAUGUGAGCAGUAUGAUGGAUCAGUCUUCCUAGGUCCUCUCCGUUAUCCUGGAGGUGAUAAUAUAUGCGUGGUUUUUCUUAUUGGAAUUUAAUAACAGCAGUUUCACUGAGGUCACUGGAAAUGGUAACCAGUUGGAAUUCUCUUCAAUUUUUAUAGAUACUAAUAAAAACUGACCUGAAAGUGUA